GAAGCGGCUGUUGCAAGCUGUUUUCUGGCUCUGGGUCAGGAUUUUUGCCACAAACGUAUGCAGAGACAUUGUUAAUUUUACUCAUUUUUGGAGGGCGGCCUGUUCAACUGCAUGUGUCGUUCGUUGUGUGCCGAGGGAAAGAAGAGAAGGAACUUUGGGUCCUCAGCCCUUUCCUUUGGCUUCUUGUGCUGUAGCUUCCUCUCCCUGCCUCUUGCCAGCUGCUUCUGCAGUGUGUGGAUGUGUGUCCAACAUGGAGGGAGGGACUGGAAGAGCGUACGCUGCUGCUGCUUUUACCAAUAUCUAUUCAGCAGCUUCCACUGCAGGGACGAUAAGAACUGGAGGCAAUCUUGAUGAAUCCAAAAGGAUGAUGAAGUCCUCUCUACAUUCAGAAGAGGAUGAUUUUGUGCCAGAGCUUCAGAGGAGCAUUCAUCCCCGCGAAAGACCAGAUUGGGAAGAGACUCUUAGUGCAAUGGCGCGAGGAGCAGACAUCCCUGAGAUUUCAGGAGAGCUACCAUUGCGGACAUGUGGCAGCACAGCUAGCAUGAAAGUGAAAAAUGUGAAAAAGUUAUCCUUUACCAAGGGCCACUUUCCAAAGAUGGCUGAAUGUGCACACUUCCAUUACGAAAAUGUGGACUUUGGCAAUAUUCAGCUUUCCCUUCCAGAGGAACAGAAUGAAAUAACAAGGAAUGGAUGUGAAUCCAAGGAGCUUGUCUACCUUGUACAAAUCUCUUGUCAGGGUAAGAGCUGGAUUGUGAAGCGGAGUUACGAAGAUUUCAGAGUGCUUGAUAAACAUCUUCAUCUGUGUAUUUAUGAUCGGCGAUUCUCCCAGCUCUCGGAGCUUCCCCGCUCAGAUGCCUUGAAGGACAGUCCGGAGUUGGUCACCCAGAUGCUGAUGGCUUACCUGUCACGACUCUCAGCCAUAGCAGGCAACAAGAUAAAUUGUGGACCGGCCCUCACAUGGAUGGAGAUUGAUAACAAGGGGAAUCACCUCCUAGUCCAUGAAGAAUCUUCCAUUAAUGUUCCUGCUAUUGCAGCUGCCCACGUUAUUAAGAGAUACAUUGCUCAGGCAGCAGACGAACUGUCGUUUGAGGUGGGAGAUAUUGUGUCUGUUAUUGAUAUGCCUCCAAAAGAAUUGACCACCUGGUGGAGGGGAAAGCACGGAUUUCAGGUGGGAUUCUUCCCUAGUGAAUGUGUAGAACUCAUCAAUGACAAAGUUCCUCAGUCUAUGACCAACUCUGUGCCAAAGCCAGUUUCCCCUGCCCAUGGAAGCCGUCCAGCAUCCUGGAGCUACUUCCCCCCUUAUUUGGAGAUGGAUAGUGUAAAGCAAGGUUCACCAUAUGUUUCAGAUCCUUUGAACCCAUCCCAGCUGAGCUCAGUGUCAAAAAAACACGGCAAGCUUAUCACUUUCCUGCGCACAUUCAUGAAGUCUCGGCCAACAAAACAGAAACUGAAGCAACGUGGGAUCUUAAAGGAGAGGGUUUUUGGCUGUGACCUUGGAGAGCAUCUUCUCAACUCUGGCCAUGAUGUCCCCCAGGUUCUCAAGAGUUGUACUGAAUUUAUCGAAAAGCAUGGCAUUGUGGACGGAAUAUAUCGCCUAUCUGGGAUUGCAUCCAAUAUCCAGAAGCUACGGCAUGAGUUUGACUCUGAACAAAUCCCUGACUUGACAAAAGAUGUAUAUAUCCAAGAUAUACACUGUGUGGGUUCACUCUGUAAGCUCUACUUCCGAGAGCUUCCAAAUCCUCUGCUCACCUAUCAGCUCUAUGAGAAGUUCUCUGAUGCUGUAUCUGCUGCUACAGAUGAAGAACGUUUAGUUAAAAUCCACGAUGUCAUCCAGCAGUUACCACCUCCUCACUACAGGACACUAGAGUUCCUAAUGAGGCACUUGGCUCAUCUUGCGGAUUACUGUGCCAUCACAAACAUGCACACCAAGAACUUGGCAAUUGUCUGGGCACCAAACCUGCUAAGAUCAAAGCAGAUAGAAUCUGCUUGCUUCAGUGGAACAGCAGCCUUUAUGGAGGUGCGAAUCCAAUCAGUGGUUGUGGAAUUCAUUCUCAAUCAUGUAGAUGUUCUUUUCAGCUCCAAACUAAGCUCAGUCAUUCGAGAGAGUGCAGGUCACAGUUCCUUGUCACGACCUAAAUCCCUGCUGGUGUCUUCUCCUUCCACAAAGCUGCUCACUUUGGAGGAAGCACAGGCGAGGACUCAGGCCCAGAUAAAUUCUCCUAUAGUGCCAGACAGCAAAUACAUCGAAGUGGGAGAAGGACCUGCUGCUCUACAGGGGAAAUUCCAUACUAUCAUAGACUUUCCAUCUGAAAGAAAGAGACCACCCACUAAAGUGAAAAAGUCACCUGUUGGCAGCUGGCGCUCCUUCUUUAAUCUAGGGAAAUCUUCAUCUCUCUCCAAACGGAAACUGCAGCGUAAUCCAAGUGAGCCUUCUGAAAUGAAAGCAAUCGCUCUAGCAGGAGGGCGAGGAGACAGUGGGACCCUGCGCUCAGCUAAAAGUGAAGAGUCCCUCUCCUCUUUACAUGCUAUUGAUGGUGAAUCUAAACUGUUUCGACCCAGGAGACCAAGAUCUAGCAGUGAUGCAUUGUCUGCUUCUUUUAAUGGAGACCUCCUAGGGAACAUGAACCGCUGCAAUUCCUAUGAUAACCUGCCCCAUGACCAUGACAGUGAUGGGGAAGAAGGACAUAUCCAUGUUCCUGCUCUCAUUUCUCCAAGGUCAGCUGAGGAUGUUGACCUGAGCCCACCAGAAAUUGGUGUGGCUAGCCUGGAUUUUGAUCCUAUGUCUUUCCAAUGCAGCCCACCAAAAGCAGAGUCUGAGUGCCUCGACAGCAGCACUUCCCUACUGGAGUCAGUAGACUUUAAUAAGGACAAGCAAGGUACCUUUAAGAGGGAGCUAGACUCAGGCAGCCAGUGUCAGACCCCUGGCAGUGCCACAAGCUCUGAACCAGUUUCCCCCUAUCAAGAGAAGACCAUGAGUCCCUUUUUCACUCUAGACUUGAGCCCAACAGAAGACAAAUCACCCAGACCCCAGUCUUUCUCAGAGAAGGUCUCCCAUGCCUUCUCCCCCAAGAUGGGGCGAAAGCCAAUCAGAUCUCCACCGCUGCAUAUAUCAGAGCCAGUCUCCUUCACUAUACCCAGCCGAAUGCCGGAUGUUGUCAUUGGAGGUGUGUCAGGAAGUACAGGCUCUUCAGACUGGACCAAAGGAAAUGCUGGCAGUAGUGAAGCUGCAACAAUGUCCCCACCCCAUCUGGUAACAUCACCAUUACAAGACAAUGAGGUGAAACCAAGUGAGGGACCCCAACAAGAAUUCCAGAACCAAGAAGAUGGUAAGAAACCAGAGCUUCAAAAAGAGAUGGAACAAUCCAUGCCCAGCAGCAGCCAGAGUAAGCCUGUACCUUCUGGACAGACGCAGCCAGGAGCAGUUGCCCUCGACUCCCCCCAGGAUGCUGUGCCAGUCAAUUCUCUCUCUGUUGUCCCUCCUCCUCCUCCCAAAAAUGCUGCACGUAUAUUAGCCUUAGCCCUUGCAGAAUCUGCCCAACAAGCUUCUGUUCAGUCCCAGAAGAAACCGGAUGUUCAUUCGGAGUGCAAUGCCUGCACAGAGACUGAGAGUGGAGGAACGGUAGAAAAGUUCCAUCCAUAUUCUAGCAUUACUCCAGAAAAGCUUCACCUCUAUUCUCUGACAGAGACCCAGCUCAGUUUUCCAGCUACUACAGCUGGAGAUCACCACAGGAGUGGAUUACCUGCUGAUCAAAACAGUAGCAUGCCAGAGAGUAGCAAUCACUUCCAUGUUGGCACCCCUGGAUUUCGGGACCAUCCCCUUCUCCCUGGUGACAUGCCUGGAAACCUUCAUAGUGGCAACAACAUGGGCUGGGACCAUUCCCACUUCCAUCCAUGCAUGUUGGGAGACACACAUCAUCCUCCUCAUUCUGUUGUAACUGAAGAUCAGAACCAGACUGAUUCUUGUACAAGAGGACCUGUUCAAUCAGAACCACCUACCACAGAGAUACCUGUAGAAACCCCUCCCCUCCACACCUGUCUCCCUUUGGAGAAGAACCAAAUCCACAACAACAAGCUUCAUUUUCCUAUCAGCACAGUAGAUGACAAACUCCAGUUUCCUCCUGUUACUGCUGGAGAGAAAACACCUGCCACAGUUUUGGCAUACAUGAUAAAGAACCAGAUGGCAGCAACUGAAACAGACCCUGGAGUAUCCAGCCAGAACAUUGUUCCUCCCCAGCCUACCGUAGUCAGUACUAACCACGUGUGGGGUGAAGUGGGUCUUGGGAAUGCUCAAUACACUCUUGCAAACACCCACCAAGUUCCAGCACAGAGACCAGAGGACCAUCAGCCGGCCAUGGGACAAUGUCCAGCUCCAGCCACUAAAACUUCUUGUGGCUUCAGUCAGGUACGAGGGGAGGCAAUUCCAGAGAAACUCCCUGAGCCUCGAUCAGCUGAACCAGCUCCCAUUUUCAUCCCCGAGGGUAGUGCUGCAAUCCAGUGUACAUCAGCCACCCCAGUUGCCACAUUUCAUCAAGCACACUUGGAAAAACCCCGAGAGAAUGCCAGGGCUCCACCUUUGCACCUGAGGUCUGAUUCUGUUCCAGCUCCAUCCUCUUAUGGUUUUACCCCCCCAGUUCCUCCCGUGAGGACAAUGGAAAGUAAAAUUGCAGCAGCCAUGCAUUCAAACAGUAUGGAUGCUGUGAAUCCUGCAACAUACCAUUCCUAUGUGGCUCCCUCUACACUGCAACCAUCAGUAGAGGAUCCUCUGUUGCCGCCACCUCCGCCACCUCCCCCACCCAAACAAGCUUCUCUUCAGCCCACAUACUUCUGUCAUUCAAAGACAGAGAGCACUCCAGAUGCUCCAGCAUCAGAAAACUAUGCACAUCACAAGCCAACAUCUGUCCACCAGUACAGGGCCGAAACCAUCCCAGCACACUUGUAUCACAGCAAGUCUGAGCAACAUCCAGGCUAUCCUCCUCUGGCAGAGGCUGCCCCUUCCAUGGGCUCCAGGUAUAAUGCAUAUGCCACUCAAGGAAAGAGCUCAUCUGUCCAUCACCCCAAGCCUCGCAGCCGGGUGGAAUACAUAUCCUCCAUGAGCCCACCAAUGAGGAGCACCAGUUAUGCUGAGGAGACCCCACCUUAUCCCACCAUUCGGAGAGUGCAUUCCCUGCACGUCACUGCUCCUUCCACCAUCCGAUCAGUUCCUAUCUCCCGCACAGAGGUGCCUCCCGAUGAUGAGCCUCUUUAUUGUCCAAGACCUCUCUACCAAUAUAAGCCAUAUCAGCCCCAUGCAGAUUAUCAUGUCACACAGCUACAGCCUUACUUUGAGAAUGGGCGGGUUCAUUACCGAUAUAGCCCCUACUCAAGCUCAUCCAGCUCUUCUUGCUACACUGCAACUGAUGGUGGACUUUAUGACCUAGACCCUUAUGGUACAAUGAGAGUGAGGCAGUUUCAUCCUUUGCCAGGCAGAGAUUUUGCAUCUUACUCCAGGUUGCAGACCAAAAGUCUCUAUCGCUAUCCAGGCCUACCUCCAUAUCCACGAGGAGGCCUUGUUGGACACCUAGCAGGUAAAGAACACAGCUUCAUCAGCAGGGAUGUGCCACCUGCUCCUGAUAUCAAGCCCAUGUAUAUCUCCUGGGAUUUGGAGGACAUGGAAAAAUACCGCAUGCAGUCCAUCCGUCGAGAGAGCCGUGCACGCCAGAAAGUGAAAGGGCCCGUCAUGUCCCAGUAUGACAAUGUAGCUCCUUCAUUACAGGAUGAUAUGCGAACUAUGGAUGUUGUUCACAUGCGUAGCAAAUCUGAUCCUGGGAAAACUGGACUUCUCACAGUUGCUGAUGGAAAAGAAGGGCGGUACCCAGGCAAGGUAGGCAGCCCUGAAGGAGAUGAACGCUAUUAUGUGCCACAUCCAGAACCUGAUGUAGAUAGAGCCCAUUACCAUGGGAACUAUGGGAAUCUGCAACCAGAAAAACCUUCUGUCCCUCAAAAGCAAAGCAGCCUCAGGAGUAGAAAGCAACAUGAGGUGAGCUGUAAUUCAACCGAGUACAGAACACACCUGCCACAUGAAGCGAGCCACAGGCAGCCCCUAGAUUCUAAAAAUGGACCUUCAUAUCCUGAUUACUGGCCAAAGGGCCACCAGGAACUAUCAGAAUCCAUUGGAUAUCAUCACUCUGGUGGGAAGUGUGUCCCAGCCAGCCAUGAUCCCUCAAGACUAAAUCAUAAGGAAGUGAAGCUGGCAGAGGACAGGCCUGAUAUGGAGCGCCCUCGAGCCAGGCCACCUCCUCCACCUCCUCCUCCUCCUCUUCCUGCUGCUGAAAAGCACACCAGAGACUGCUACAAAGAGGGUGAGCACUACGGACAGCCUGCAGCGGUGCCACCUCCUAAACCAGAAAGGAGCCACAGCCUUCGACUCCAACACCCAGAGAGCAUAGAGCGGGAUGCCGGUGGCCUCCUUUACCCGUACCAAACCCUUGGCAAACGCCAAACCACUAUGACUGUAGUGUCCCAGUAUGAUAAUCUGGAAGAUUACCAUACCAUGCCUCAGCACCAAAGAGGAGGAGGCUAUGUUGGAGGAGGGGGCUUUCUUCCCCCCUUUGCUCACCCACACAGCAGGACUUAUGCCACAGCCUUGGGCCAAGGAGCGUUCCUUCCCACAGAGCUUUGCCUACAGCGGCAAGAGACUGAGAUCCAUGCAGAGUGAGCUUAGGGGCAGAAGGGGUAGAGUGUAAGCAGCCUCUGCUGGACAGUGGACUGGUUUAUUUUUUCAGUGAUACACAAAAUUUAAAAAAAAGCAAACAUCAAAGCAACUCCUGCCAUUAGCCCCCCACUCAGCUCCAGCCCCCCCUACCGAUGCUUACCGUUUUUUAUAUUGCAAAUGUAUCAUUUUUCUCUCACGUUGUUUAAAAGUAGGUUGCAGCCAUCAUGCAGGCUUUUGUUUAAACUUGAAGGCGAAACCAGUCUCUGAGAAAAGCAGAAAUAAGAGCUGGAAAUAUUGGGGGGGGGGGGGGGGGGGGGGGGGGGUUGCAGUGACGGGUUCUCACUUCCUUAGAUUUCAGACAAUGACAUUUCCCAUAAUUGGUCACUAUCUUUCCAAACCCUAUGCAUGAUGUAUGUAUUUAUAGGUUGAUACAGACAUUUCUUCUCCAGGUAAAAGUCCCUUAAUAUGUGAUCACUAGAGAGAUUUAUAUAAUGACAUGCUUUCAUAAAUACUUUAACUUGGUCUUUUAGCCUUCACACACUAAAUUCUAGGAAGACAUGAAUUUAUAUUAUUUGCUCCAUGCUCCAUUUUUAUUUUUUUAAAAAUAUAUGGUACCUUUCCCCCUAAAUGUCCUCUCAGUGCUUGUUAAAAUCUCAUCCAAAACAGAAAUUGGUCAGUUGAUAGCAGUAAACAUUGGAUAUGGACCAUAGAGGUGGGGAGAAGAACAAAAAAUAUAUGUUUCAGUACUUUCUCUUAAGAAAUCCAAAACAAGCUGCUUCAAACAUUAAGCAGUUUGGAUGUAUAAACCUCAGCAUUAAUUACUAUUAUUUUGAGUGGAGCUGCUUUGCCCAAGCUGCUAUGUUGGUUAGUUGGUUACCAAUAAAUGUUGGUAAUAUCAACAUUUGUCACAUUUUUAAUGGGAAUCCCUUUUUUACAACAAAUACAUUUCCCUAUGCAGUCCCCUAACGGUGGAAUGUUCAGUGAUCUUUUGAUGGAUGAGCCCCAUUGAAAUGUCAGAAUAGCAAAAUAGCUGGGGGCCCAACUCCCAGUCUUUUCAGUUGGGAGAGUUGCAAUACAUUCUGCAUAAGGCAUGGUCAAGCUGUUUUAAUCCCCCAUUAAAUUAAGUUCACAAAAUAGUUAUUGUUAUCCACAAGUCUCUUGCUGAUUAUCUGUUGGUUAGGACAAAGGCGUGAAUUUAGUGACCCGACUACUACAAACCUAGAAUAAUGCCAGUUGGCUUGACCUAAGGGAUAGUAACUUUGGUGUAGCCUACACACCUGGCUAACUGUGUUCCUGAGGCGGAGAUGGACCCAUGGCUCUCCAGAUCUUAGUAGAUGCAUACUUCUAUCAGCCCCAGCUAGCAUGGCUAAUGACUGAGUUAUAGUCCAACAUUUGGAAGGCCACAGGAUUCUUUAGCCUUAUAGUAAGGUAUAUCGUGUUUUAUGCAUUUACAUCGGUGAUGCUGUGCACAAGGUCUGGUGCAUCAUCUUCUUUAUUUCUGAGAUACCUGUAGCAACAGAACAGUAUAUUAAGUUUGCUUUUUGUGGUGAAGUUAUAAAUAUUCAGUGCUUUUGAACAUUAUAUCCUUGCUGGCAUAGGAGCAGUUAGAGGCCUCAGGCUUGUACAUAACCUUAGGAAACCGGGCAAUAAGAUCCUAGCUGUGCACUUCCCAGCAUUCCAUUCAGCAAGAGAUUGCGUUUCUGCUUGAUUUAAUGAGCUUGAAAGAAGUUCACCAAUAGGACAGAAUCCAGCCCAAAUUGCAUAGCUUGGUUGAAGUCCAGAGGAGGCACCUGAGGCAUCUUUUGUACCAUUUAAGUCUUUGCUGCUUGCACAGUUGAUGCGUAUCAUUAGAAGGAAGAAGCCUGUGUCUCAUCCUCUUGGAACAAAAGUUUUUUGUCCACUGGCAUUCCAGGUUUUUAAAUAAUAAAAUAUUUUGCAGGGGCACAUAGCCUUUCCUAAAGGCAACAUGUUAUUUGGUUCUCUGGAUUUCUCACUUGCUUUGUAAUACUAAGUUUUGUCUCUUUUUGUUGUUGCUGCUUGUAUGCAUUAUUUUAAAGGUCUCAACAUUAUUUGGAGUAGGUAUCGUUCCUGAAUGUGCUAAGUGUAUAUUUAGUGGCCAGAAAACUCACUGUGAACCAUGUUUACCUCAGCCUUUUCCUCCUCCUUAUGAAGAACCUUAAGUCUUUUUGGUUUGGUUGGUAAAUAAGAAAUAUGUAGCUAGGGCAUUCCAGUCUGCUAGUUGUGUGAGCAAGGUUGUUCUGCCAUCUGUUGAGACCUUGUGCAUCCUAGCAAGCGAAGCCGGCUGUGACCCACAAAGGCUUCCUCCAUAUAACCACAUAUUUUUUACAUUUAAGUUCAACAUACUGUCAAAUGCCUGCAUAGCUCCACUUAGUAUUGGUUCUCUUGCGGGGGUUACGGCAACAAAAUAACUAGUGUGUUUUAGGAUAUACAAUGUUCAGGUAGCGAGGGCUGCAGGGCGAACCUCUGUCUUCAUGAAAGCCUUAAUUUUCCUUGUAUCCUCUCCAUAUAUUGGCCUUAUGUUGAUUGCCCUACAGGUAAGAUCAGAAGCAAGCUAACUUACUAUAAAGCUGUAAUUUUUGUACAUCUUUAUGCCCAGUAUAAGUAGUAAUUGGAAUCCAAAACUGAAAUCCUUUUAGCUCACAAAACUUGCCGCCUGGUCAGGAGAAAGGGCCACACAGGUUAGGUUUUGAAUGCUCAUCACUUUCAAGUCGGCUCCUUUAAAAUACUUAAACCACACACUUGUGUCCCCAUGCUCCACAGUCAGGAUAUCCAGCCUAGUUUCAAAACAAUUCCUUGGAUUCAGUCUUCCCUUGUAUAGUACAUGUCACUUAUGAUGUCUGACCACAAAUUAGCUGAGGGCCCUAUGCCCAGAAAGUGCUGCACAAUGGUGUGAUAGUACAACUGUGGCCAUAAAUGGAAGCCAGUGUAUUCAGACGUUUCCCAAGCUUGAAGGACAAUGAACAGUUGCCUGUUCCCCUCUACGUUUUGCCACUGUAUUGUCUUGAGCAAAUAUACAUUUGUCCACCCCUGCACACACAAACAUACACCCAAGAAAGCCAUAAAAUUAACUAUGCAGUCCUUUAUAUGUACUGUGGUUAAUUUUGUAAUUCUCAACGUUUUAAGGGAACUCUGCCUCUUUAUCCAUUCCUUGUGUUCUUGGUUGAACCCAGUCACGGCUCCAUUCUCACAGGAGUAGUAACCUCUGUGGAGCUAAAAACAGUUGUGUGACAUUGCCAUCCAAUGGGGAGGGAAUGGAUAGGCAUGAUCCCAUCUGUUGGAAAAGUAGGGCAAACCUUCCAAGGGAAGACAAAACCAGGCGAGGGGUGUCCUUAUCAGCCAUAAAUGCUAGCCCUAAUCCCCUAUAGCAGCCUCCCUGGUGGUGUAAGUGUAAUCUCGACAACAACCCCAGUUUGGCAGCUUCUCUUGACACUUAGCAAUCACUGCCUUUAUCUGCUUGCUGAGCUUUGAGCAAAGCUUUUUCCCCCCCACUCUUGGAGGUCAAGAUUCAAAUGUCGCUUUCACUUCAUGCGCACGCAUCAAAAUCCAUGUUCGCAUGUCUGCCGAGAGACAAAAUUGGGUGCCUUUCAUUGUGGGCCCCUUAAAUAGAGAUAGCAAGUACUUGAGAUUUUAUGAAAUAAGUUCCUAAUAGUAAGCUAUUUUAAUCAGGUAAAAAUUUUAUGCAGAUGACAGUGAAACAAAAAAUUGUGCCUAGGUCUUUGCAGACAUAACCAGGGGGCAGGGGCGGCUUAUUACCUGGAGGGGUUCAAGAUGAGAAUUGCACAACUGUGGCAGAAAUUGCCACCUGCAGCCAAAAUGUCCUUGGAAUAAUGUACCCUUAUUGCCAGAGGGAAAAAAUGGACCCUUUUGUGUUCUUUAGGAUUGCCAGGUUGUAUUCAGGAUGAGACUCCAAUAAUUUUGAUUCAGAAUAGAUCAUGGAGCAAAAGGAGCUACCAUAGAAGUCUUCUCAAGUGGAAUGAAGGUACCUGUCCUCAUGUCCCUUCCAAAUACCAUCUUUCAGCUGCCUCCUUCCAACACAGUUCUUUCUCCAUUGGUGCAUAGCUGGGGAGGGCCAUUGAAAUGCCAGGAGCAAAAACAGAACUGGGGUGCUCCUCCAACCAGGGAACAUGAACCAUGUUAGGAGAGACUGCUGUGCUGAAAGGCAAGAAAUGGUAAGAGAGGACAGGUACCUUCGUCCAACUUGAGAGAGUUUUAUUUACCAGAUCUUGUUCCAUGAAAGCUACAAGGAACUCAUACCCUCCCUGGCAAUCCUAAUGUUCUUUCACCCCCACUCCAUUCAUCUCAUUUGGUACAUUAAUGAUAAAGUGUCGACUGACAACAGUGUAGCAUUAUAUGGUAGGGAACAAAAUUGUAGACUUCUUGGUUUCUGUUUUGCAUUUUAAAGGUGGCUUUAGCAUGACAUUUUCUCCAGAUUCUUGUGCAAUGGAAACUGAGGCAAUGGGCAUGGGACAGUUUUUAACAUGUGCUCAGUAACUUCAGUGUCUACAGUAAGUUUUAUAUUGUAUAGUUCCAGUGCAAAAUGAACAAGAAAUGGUUGUUGUGCAGCUUCUUUUCCUGCUGUGGAAAAACUUGAGUUGUCUUUUUGAGCCACACAAGAGAGCCACCCCACGAAGACUCGGGUGACCUCUAGGUCUUUCCUUCUCUUUUAAUUUAUAUAGUGUCUUAUUUUUUAUUCUUUAAUUUUUUUACUUUUGUGUGUGAGAAUUGGUGUAAAAUGUAUAUGCUAAUGAGCUCAUGUCCUUUUUAUGUAAAUAUUUUUUGUGACAUCCCACUCCCAUCCAUCUCUUGUAAAUAUCUAGAACCUCGUUUUUCCCACACUGGUUUGGGGCGGAUGUGUUUUUUUUCUUUCCUUUUUUAAUUUGUACUGUAAUGCUAUGAUCAGAUUUGAGGUGUCUUGUGCUAUUAAAACAACCACCGCCAUCGACCUGACAGCCCCACAAAACUCAGAUGUACAGCUCAGCAAUUAAUGAAGCCAGGUUAAAACUUAACUUUGUGUGUUUUUGUUCUUUCUCUACAUUGCGACGUGUACAAGAAUCAGGUGUUGACAGCUUGCAGUUUCCAAGGCACUGAGAAGUCAACAACACUUAAUGCUGUUGUGCUACCAUCCUUGAAGAUGGGGAGUUAAUACUGUGACUGUGUUUGGUUACUUGCACAGUUUAAGUAAUCUGAGAAAAGAACAACUAAUUACAUUCAUACAUAUUUUUCCUUA